GAGAGAGAGAGAGAGAGAAUAGAGAGAGAGAGCCACACAGAAUCUCUGAGCUCCGCACCGCUCCUCUCGCGCUCCGCUGAUGGACUCAUGAUGAUGAUGAUGAUGAAGGUUCGGGAAUGAAGAGGAUGUUCAGCCGCUCCAGAAUCAGUUCAUCAUCCGCUGCUUCUGUGGGAUGUACCGAAUCGAUGUGUUUGAUUGGAUAUGAAUGAUGAAUGUGUUCAGAGAUUUGAGCUGAUUGAAUCAAACUCGCUUCUUCAUCAUGGAUCCGAAUCUUCUCACUCUCUUCAAACUUUCUCUGAUCCUCGCAGUGAACACGCUGAUGACGAGAGGUUUAUCAGAUGCAGACGGCGUUGAUCAGUCGUUCACCCAGCAACCGUGGCUCUUGCAGUGCAAUCAGACUGUGCUGCUGCUGGAGAUGGAGAGAUGCGGAGAACAAUUCAGCAGCGACAUGAAUCACGUUCAUCCAGAAGACAGGUGCAACCUCACGCACUUCAUCAGAGAGUACCACGUCUUCUCCUCCUGCACAGAGAAGAACGCCGAGCGCAUCGGCUGCUUCUGGCCGAACCCAGCGGUGGAGCGCUUCAUCAUCAGCAUCCACAAGCACUUCUUCUCCAACUGCAGCCUGGAUCACGCGGUGUUCAUCGACCCGCCGGACGACACGCUCAUCCUCCUCAUCUUCAUCCCCGUCUUCCUCACGCUGGCCAUGGUGGUGCUGGUGGUGUGGUGCAGCAAGCGGAGCGACAUCCUGGCCUAGCCUGCGCUGGACCUUCACCAUCAGGACCGGUCAGACGGACAGAAGCAUCACACGUGAUCUCACUGAAGAGUCUGCUGAACUCAUGAUGCUCUCCUUUCAGGAGCUGGAGGCUUUAUUCCUCACUGAUGCUGAAUUAAUUCAGUGUUAAUCGAGAGAGUGAGUGCAGAUCUGUCAGGAUCUCUGGACGGACCAACUGAAUCAUGUACUGUGCAGCUAUUAUUUAAUGUUUUAAUUAAAUAGCAUAGAUUUAGACCAUUUGUCAAGCUCA